AUGUCGACUGGUUUUGGAGAAACAAUGAGUUCCAAUAUCGACGCUGCUGAUUUCGAAUGUAACAUUUGUUUCGAUUUGGCUCAGGAACCAGUGGUCACACUCUGUGGCCAUUUAUUCUGUUGGCCGUGUCUUUACAGGUGGUUACAUCAUCGUUCUAAUCCUCAAGGAUGUCCUGUUUGCAAAACACUUGUUGAAGAACAGAAAUUGGUUCCUCUUUAUGGUAAAGGAAGAUCUGUAACUGAUUCAAGAAUGGAGAUUCCUCGUCGUCCUUCGGACUUUCAUAUAUUGUUUGCGCGCUUAGAGCAAUCGUUUUUGUCUCGUCAGUCUAGAGAAAAGCGUUUCAAGGAGUAUAUAGAUAAGCGUAUUAUGGAGAUUCAUGAGGCUGAAGAGCAGCGCUUCCAGCGACUUCAGGAGGCUCAAGAGCAGCGUUCCAAGCGGCUUGAGCAGCAUAUUAAGGAUUGUCGCGCGAAUGAAGAGCAGCGUAUCAAGAGGUUUCGUGCGGUUGUUGAGCAGCGUAUCAAGGAGUGUCGUGCGGUGGUAGAGCAGUGUAUCAAGGAGUGUCGCCCAGAGGCAGAGCGGCGUAUCAAGGAGUGUCGCGCCGAUGCAAAAGAGCGUAUCAAGAAGUGUCAGGCAGAUGCAGAUCAGGGUAUCAAGAGGUGUCGUGCUGAGUUUCUUGCGGAAUCAGAGCAACAUAUCAAGAAGUAUCGUGCGGAAUCAGGGCAGCUUAUGCUCAAGUGUCGUGCUGAGUAUCGUGCGAAAUCAGAGCAGCAUAUCAAGGAGUGUCGUGCGGAGACAACGCAGCGUAUCAUGGAGUAUCGUGCAGAGGCAGAGCAGCGUAUCAAGGAGUAUCUUUCAGAUGCAAAGCAGCGUAUCCAGGAGAGUCGUACCAAGUUUCUUGCGGAUGCAGAGCAGCGUAUCAAGGAGUGUCGUGUGGAGGCAGAGCAUCGUAUCAAAGAGAUUCGUGCGGAGGAAGAGCAGCGUAUACAGGAGUGUCAUGCAGAGGCAGAUCAACGAAUUAAGGAGUAUCAGGCGGAGUAUCGUGUGGAGGCAGAGCAGCGUAUCAAGGAGUAUCGUGCGGAGGCACAGCAGCGUAUCAAGGAGCGUCGGGCGGAGUAUCACGCGGAGACAGCACAGCGUCUCCGGAGUAACCACGUUUAUAUCUCUACUUAG